AGUGUUUGUGUGAGUGUAGCGCCGACUGUCGGGACUCGGGAUGCGUUGAGCGAGUAGACGGACCAAAGGGAGCAACCGGCUGUUAUGGAGAUUAUUUUAUUUCACCUGAAAGCUAACGAAAAGGACACAGGAUUGAUUAAACGGACAUGAAUUUACCGACUGAGAUCAGCUAAAAGCAACAGAACCUGUUCUCCUGGUCCAAAUAGGAAAAGUUAUUAAAAAUAUGAUUCGUCAUUGGCUUUCAUCUGCAUCUCUACAUUAUCCUAUUGGAUCUCGAGUUUGUAUGCUGCUCUCAUCAGACGUUUGGAUGUCAGAACUGCAAGUGUAAGAGAGUCGAAUGCCUAUGAUAGGAGAUAGCAGAAGCCACAGUCAGAAGGGAUUGUGAAGGAGUUGAGUGUCUUGACUUGAAGGUUAUGGCAGAGCAUGCCGAGCUGCUAACAGAAAUGGCAACUAACGGACGUCUCUCAGCCACCGAGCGCCUGAAGCAUGCACAGAAGAGACGGGCACAGCAGCUGAAAGGCUGGGCUCAGAUGGAGAAGGACAGUGCCAGUAGUCAAAAGGGCAACCACAAGGGAGAUGGGGUGAAGAAAAGCAAAAGGGUGACCUUCAGCACUAGUGUGACAUUAAUGGAGGCUGCAGCCAGGAAUGACAUAGAAGAGGUACGAGAGUUGCUCAAUAAUGGAGUCAGUCCAGACUUGUUCAACGAGGACGGGCUCACUGCACUUCAUCAGAGCUGCAUAGAUGAUUUUUUGGAUAUAUCACGCUGUCUUCUGGACGCGGGUGCAAAUGUGAAUGCGUGUGACAGUGAGCUGUGGACCCCACUACAUGCGGCAGCCACCUGUGGACACACUGACCUCGUCCAGCUGCUGAUAGAAGCGGGUGCAGAUCUGUUGGCGGUGAAUGCAGAUGGAAACAUGCCGUAUGAUCUGUGUGAAGACGAGGCUACACUUGAGCUCAUAGAGAUGAUCAUGGCAGAGCAGGGGAUUACUCAAGAUAGAAUUGAUGAAUGUCGCGGAGCCAAGGAGAGAGCAAUGUUGUCUGACAUUCAAGAGCUGGUUGCGAGCGGAGCUGAUCUGAAUGUGAAGGACGAGCAGGGGGCCUCUCUGCUGCACAUAGCAGCUGCUAAUGGAUACAUGUCGGUUGGGGAGCUGUUGCUGGAGCACAGAAUAUCUCCUAACGACAGAGAUGCUGACGGGUGGACGCCGCUUCAUGCUGCUGCCUGCUGGGGACAGAUCCAGAUGGUGGAGCUGCUGGUAGCUAAUGGUGCAAAUUUAAACGCCAAGUCUGAGCUGGAUGAGACGCCUCUGGAUGUGUGCACUGAUGAGGAGGUCCGCACCAAAAUGAUGGAGCUGAAACACAAACACGAUGCCAUCAUGAAGGGUCAGGACAAACACAAAAACACACUGCAGAGACGAGUGUCCAGCACGGGCAGCCGAGGUAAAGUAGUGAGGCGCACCAGUGUGAAUGAGCGCAGCAGUCUGUAUCGCCGAGAGCAUCAGAAGGAAGCCAAAGUGUGGCAGGAGAGAGGAAGACAGACAGAUGCCCUGGAUGAUGAUGAAGACAGACAGACUGAUGCUGAACUGAACCUGCAUGCUGCACUGGUGUCUGGCUCUAAUGCAACCCCUGUUCCUCCAUUAGAGGUCGGCCAGGUGGAAAAUGGAGCUCAAGUUUUGGGGAACGGCAGCACAGCUUCAUUUUCUUCCUCGCUUCCAGGAGAACUCCAAGGCGGGGGUCGCAUGGAUCGCAGUGCCUCCUAUCAGCUCACUCCAGCUUCGACUGCUGCUGGCGGGGACGACAUGAGCAGAGAAAGAUCUCACCACACGCUCGCAGAUCUCAAACGACAGAGAGCAGCAGCUAAACUGCAGAAACAUCCAGCACCUGCUUUACCUCUGUCUGCAGACCCUCAAGAUGUGGUCAUCCCUGAAGGACCCCAGGGACCACUGGAGCCUCCUGAAUCAGUGCAACAGGAUGUGUCCCCCAGUGAGGUCUACUUCACCCAUGCUAGUGGAGAUCCACCUCUACUGAAGCUGCGAGCACCAGAAGAAGACACCGCUAAUACAAAAGAGCCAUGCUGUGGACUCAUGUAGAAAGCAGCGGAUGAACGUGUUUGGUUUCAGAUGAUUGUGCAGUUCUCGUUUACUAGAACACGUGGACAGACUAGAAUUAUGAGGCAGGUACGUGGAAAUUAGUUUUAUGUCCAAGUCACACUUUUUUUUUCUGGCACACAGACUGAGGUAACUGACAUUUUCAACACUAAUGUGAAUGAAAGUACCAGAACAUUUGAUGAAUUUACAUGGAUAUACAAUGUAUAACACAAGAAAUCAGGAAAAAAAGGUGACCGUUUCAUGGAUUUAUUGCUUUAUUGUAGUAUUUCAAUCUUUUAAGCUCAUCAUUUUAUUUUAAUUAGUUGGUAUGGUCAUUAAAGUUUCAAAGUAUUGAUUCAGUUGUUCAAUACAUAGAGAAAGAAAAAAAACUGACACUGAGCACUUUACUUGACCAAACUUUCAACAAUCUUCACAACUUUUAUAGAUAUAUAAAUACAUAUAAAAGUAAUCUGAGCACAAAAAAGCACAUUUGAAUUGCACUGAUCAAAAUAAAAUUGUUUUUUUUUUUUAACAGUUCUGCUGCAAUCUUACAACUAGCACACUUGCUCUAGUUUUUCAUUCACCGCUGGUUGCACUAUUUGAUCAUUAUUACUGCUUUCAACACCCUCGUAUCCCAGCAUCUGUCUGCAUUGUUUAUUGCCUUGAGAUUAAACUUAAGCUAAUUUUAAAUGUAAAGAAAUCAUAUGUUUGUUUUCUGUUGUUAUAAUUUAUUUGAUCAUAAUGUUUUUCUUCAAACCUUCUCUUGAACAUAGAAAAAAACAAAACACUUUGCUGAAUUUUCUCACAUUUUUAUUUUUAAUUCAUCACACUUGGUUGUAAUUGCAUGAAAUAGAUGCAAUAAAACCAAACUGAAAAAUAAAUGUAUAUUUUUUGGUCUGAAUACCUUCUGGCAGUUUGGUUAAAAAUGUUAAAAAUUCAAAUAAUUUCAAAACAUGUUUAAAAAAAAAAAAAAAAAGGAAAAUAAGAAUUCAAGAUGAUUUUUUGAUUUUUGUUUGUUCGUAAGAUAUAUAUUCCAAAAUAUCAUUUGUAACUCUUAAUACUCCCAGGAUUAUAUCUAACACUCUGUUUUACAUAUGAAUCUUUUACUUUUUUUUAUGCUGCAGCUGUAUUCUGAUUAUCAAAAGAUUACAGAAGAACGUAGUGCACUUAGACACAUUUCAAAUUGUAAACUGUACAUUUAAUGUAUUCUGUUACCCUCCUGUCCACGUAAAGUUACUUUUCACUUCGUUUUCAUUAUUUUUUCUAAACUUAUUUGUAGGGCGAUGCCAAGAAGAAAUGAGUAUUUUAGUGCUGCCACAAUAUGCAAAUGAAAUAUUCAAGCUUGAAAAGGUUUUUUUUUUUUUUUUUUAUACCAAUUGAAGAAAAAAGAAAAAAUCAAGCUGAAUAAAAAUUUUUUUGAAUACCCAUUUUUCCCCCACAAAAAAAUACAGUGUGUAACCAAAAAACUUUCAUCAGUUUGGUUUUAGUGGAUUUUCGAUUGGAACAAAGUGUGAUGGAAUUUUUUUUUUUUUUUAAACUGGCCUAUGAGAUUUUUUGUUUGUUUCAAGAGGGUCGAAAAUGUGAAUAAUGGUUUUUCCAUUUUUUUCAAGGUACACAUAGCAACUGACUAAAUUGCUGCCACGAUCAAAUGAUAACCUUACACCAUUGUCCCAUUAUUCCAUCUAUUCCUUUUUCCUUUUUUAACAAGGAAAAGGAAAGAAAAAAAAAAAAAAACUAAUUCCCAAAGGACAGAUAUGCAUCUUUAUUUUAUAGACUAUGUAGAGGUAUUUUUUAGAAAUGGUCAAAUAAAGAAAUAUAUACAUUUUAAUGUUUUUAUAUUAAUAAAAGAGGGAAAAAAAAAUCUAAUAUCAUCUCUCCUCAAAUAAAUUGCAAAGAAAUAUACAUGUAAUUAAUGUUUAAUGAUCUCAGGCAUGCAAAAUAAUCUAGAUAUUUUUGAGAAACUAUAUCUGCAACAUAAAAAUACAAAUGCCUCAUAUAAAUGAGUCAGUGUAUUGGCGGCAAACGUUUCUCGAUGAAAAAAGUAGGUUACAGUCCAUGGUAAAUUGAUUCUUUAUUUCACCUGUAUAUCUGCUGUAAGGCAUGCUAGAAUUAAAAUGAUUUAUCAUUUCUAUGAUUUUCAAUGAAGCAAGAAUUUGAGUUUCUCUCUGCACGUGUUAAAACCAUUAUUAUUUCUGGUUUAAAAAGAAAAAAGGAAUUGACACAAAUGUACAAGGACCACAGGAUGCUAACAGUUUAUUUGAAGUUAGUGUAAGACACGGGUUAAGCUAUUUAGUUAGUUAGUGCAGGCUGUGCUCAAAAUUCAGUGAGAUUUAAAUCGGAUGAGUGAUGGAAACACUAUUUUUGUAAUGACUGUCAAAAAUAUGAGAAGCUUUAGCACUUUCAGGCUUAAGUUUAAUACUGUAGUGUUACAUUAUUUUGUGUGAAUAAUUGAAUUUUUAUUUUCCAUGAAUGCACAUGCAAAGUGUUGUAGGUGUAACCCCCCCCCCCCCCCGAUUACCUAUUCCUUGUUUUGAUGCUCCAGUCUUAAAAAUUUCAAAAAGUUUCCUAAAUGCAGUUCCAAAGAGUUUUCUUUUAGUGAUUUCAUGAUCUUUUUGUAUUAUUUAUUUAAUGAACUUUGUAAACUGUUUGUGUGAAGAUGUUCUAGAUAUGUUAGGAUGUAUAGACUCAAUGACAAGCAGAUGCUAAAUGACAUCAUUGAUAUUUCAUGAGCUUUAUGAAUCUCAAACAUUUCACAUUUAUCAAAUAUUCUGAAUAUUUUGGAAUUUCCUAUAAGCGACUUUAUAAUCUAGAAAAAGGUCUAAAAUUGAUAUUCCAGAAUGUGACACUAAAAUGAUACUACAGAAACUGAGUAAUUUCUAGGUGUAAUGGUCCAUUUGGAUGCUUAAAUCUAUAUUUAGUAUAAAUUGGUAAACACUUUAUCAGGGUUAUUUAUUUUGGCAUUUUUUGUAUAUUUGAAUUUGAAAUAUCUCUGGAUUGUGUAAUCUGAACUCUAUCAUGAAACAUGUGCAAAUAUUUCAUCUUGACAUGCAGUGUUUUAUCCUGAAAAGCACUUUUCACAUUGCGAAAUGCCUUUAAUGUAAAAUUCUUUGUUUUUUGGACAUCCGUUUUGUACAUUUCUAUGUCAUCUAAUUCCUCUGUUAAAUGUAACACUGAUGUCUGUAAAUAUAUUGAGAGAUUAACCAGGUUUGAAUAAAAUACACUUGCAUACUGAAA